GAACUUGUACUAUCGCAUUUCCAUCAGAGGGCAAGAUGUCAGACCAAACAACAGAACAGGUCUCACCGGCGAUAGACAUCUUCCCUUCCUUCUCCAUCGCUCCCGUCUCGCCGUACAUCUUUUCUGGGUUUCUUGAGCACCUCGGGCGCUGCAUCUAUGGCGGUAUUCUGCCGUCCACGCGGACAACCUUCCCCUACACCCCACGCAAGCCAUGCCCUGAGGCGCAGUUCACCGAAACGCCCGCGGCACUGCUCACGCCGGAGGGAUUCCGCGUGGACGUCUUGGAGGUGCUGCGCGACGAGCUACGGGUGCCGCUCAUCAGGUGGCCGGGCGGGAACUUCGUGAGUUCGUACAACUGGAAGGACGGUAUUGGUCCGCGAGAAGAGCGCAAGAGACGACCGGAGUUGGCGUGGAAUGGGGAAGAGAGCAAUCAGUUCGGGACGGAUGAAUUCAUUGCUUGGUGUCGCACAGCCAAGAUCGAACCAUAUAUCGUACUGAACAUGGGCACCGGGACGCUCGAGGACGCCCUCCACUGGAUCGAGUAUUGCAACGGAACGGGCGAUACCUACUACGCGAACCUCCGUAGGAAGAACACAGGUCGCGACGAGGCAUACGGGGUGAAGUACUGGGGUCUCGGCAACGAGGUGUGGGGCGAGUGGCAAGUCGGCCAGCAGACCGCCUCUGCGUACGCGACAAAGGCGCGACAAUGGGCGCACGCGAUCCGGCUCGUAGACCCUGACGUCAUCCUCGUGGGAUGCGGCGAGACCGGGAUCAACGCCUGGGAUGGAGUCGUCCUCGACGAGUUGGCGGACAAGGUCGAUCUGCACAGCAUCCACUUGUACACCGGAUUUGGUCCCAGAGACAGAUCGCAAACGGAGCGGGAGUACGGGAGGUCGGUGUACGGUCCGGACGCGGCGGAGUACUCUAUCGAGGUCUGCAAGGGGCUGAUCAACAAGGCUCGUUUCGUUAAGGGCGUCAGCAAGCCUAUCAAGAUAGCGUUCGACGAAUAUGGCGUCUGGGAUGAGACAGUAGGGACGCCCGAGAACGGACUCGAACAGUUCUACAACCUCGCGGACGCCCUAGCCAUGGCCUCCUGGCUCAACGUCUUCGUCCGCCAGGCCGACGUCGUCGACAUUGCGUGCAUUGCGCAGAGUGUGAACGUGAUUUCCCCCCUCGUCACAAGCGCGACUGGGUUGUUCCGGCAGACGAUAUAUUGGCCGCUCUUUCUCUUCUCAAAGUAUAUGCGCGACGGCAUAUCCGUCAAAUUGACCGUUACAUCUCCUCAAUUCUCUGGGGAGACCCUUCCACGCUGGAUAUCAAGCAUCAAAGGUUUCCCGAGCGACCUCGAUGUCUCGGCCGUGCUCUAUGCCGACCCGAGUGCAAAAACGCGCAGCUUACGCGUCGCAGUCGUGAACCGGUCCGAAACGUCGAGCUACGACGUGCCGUUACGCGUCGCGUUUGAGCGCGUCGGCGGUCAGGUGGAAGUACAUGAAUUGUGGCAUGCGGACGUGAAGGCGCGGAAUGGAUGGGAGAACGAGAACGAAGUGAGCUUAGAGUCACGUACGGUAUCAUGGGAUGGGCGGUGGACGUUCCGCAAUCAUUCCUUCACCCUCCUAGUGAUCCCGUUAGAAUAG